AUGAAUUUCGUGUUACAGUAAUCUCAUUCAAAAAAUAAUUUCGCGUUUGCAAACGAGUUUUGGAAAAUGAAAUACUUAAUAAAAAUAAAAAUUGAAAUUGAAAAAAUGUUGUUUGCAGAGCUCAUCUUCACUUGGCCGGUGCCCGUUUUCGACCACAUCCAACAAAACCAGAAACAACUCUAACUGAUGUAAUAAUGUUGGCUGAUUUGAAAGGAAUGCUUCCGAAGUUUUUGGUGAAUCAAGUAAUUGGAAAGGUUAUGAUAAUGGAUACUGUUACAAAUAGGAAACAUUUCAAUGAUCUUAAUAAUGCCAAAAAAUUACGGAAUUGA